AGAUCCAUCAACAACUACAACCCCAAGGAUUUUGACUGGAACCCGAAACACGGCCGGGUUUUCAUCAUUAAGAGUUACUCGGAGGACGAUAUCCACCGGUCCAUUAAAUACAACAUCUGGUGCAGCACGGAGCACGGCAACAAGAGACUGGACGCCGCCUAUCGCUCCCUCAGCGGCAAGGGCCCCGUGUACUUGCUCUUCAGCGUCAACGGUAGGGUUUUUUUUAAAUCUGCUGUGGACUACAACACGUGUGCGGGGGUCUGGUCCCAGGACAAGUGGAAGGGACGGUUUGAUGUCAGGUGGAUUUUUGUGAAGGACGUUCCCAACAGCCAGCUCCGGCACAUCCGUCUAGAGAACAACGAGAAUAAACCAGUGACCAACUCCAGGGACACUCAGGAGGUGCCUCUGGAGAAGGCUAAGCAGGUGUUGAAAAUCAUUGCCACCUACAAGCACACCACCUCCAUCUUCGAUGACUUCUCACACUAUGAGAAACGCCAAGAGGAGGAGGAAAAUGUUAAAAAGGAACGCCAAGGCCGUGUCAAGUAAAAGGCCAUUCCUCCCCCAGAGACUGCAGCAGAGAUUGCAUCCCAGCUACCCUUCAGAGAGCAAGAGGAAGAG